AGCUUCGUCUCGCUAGCUAUUGGAUCGGUUGGAGCCGAUAGGAAACAAGUGUGGCACUUUACUUAUUACUUUCAAACGCGAUGGAGAGCCUACUAUUGAAGAUACACAAGAUGACAGGGUACAGUGCUUAAGGAUACUUUUAUUCCCGCUGUGGUUAGGAUGUAAACACAUCUAUCAUGGCUAACGUGAAGACGAGGGAAAGUUCAGAAAGGAUGUCACGGGAACAGCCAAGACCGCCACCCAAAUUACCAAAGGCUGCCUGAGGAUAAUCCCAUUCUAUUGUGUUAUUAGAGGAUUUGGUGGUCGGAAUAUGACGAGACUGAACGGUUCCAUGAACAUUGCAUUUACACGACCAGACAGUCUUUAUUGCUAUGUCGUAAGGUAAUGUACGGAGUAUGUCAGCAACACCAUGUGAAGUGAAUAUUGAGCUUCAUUGUCAAGCUACUUACUUCAUAUACCUGGAAGGGGGGCUCCUCAUCUCGGGAUUCUGAUGGAGGGGUUUUCGUAUCUGUCAAUCGAAGAGGAAAACAGGGACAAUGUGGCCUUUCCCCCUAGGGAGAACAAGACUGAUAGAUGCAUUAACAUCACCGUAUCUCUCCCGUUUCCCCCUUUGGACGCCGGAUUAGUGUUCUCAAGUUUAUUACUUGCCGUUAUUAUAUUUAUGGUGAUAUUUGGAAAUUGCUUGGUCGUAGCAGCAGUGUUAACAACACGAAAACUCCGAACUGUUACCAACAUCUUCAUAGUCAAUUUGGCUUGUGCAGACCUGCUCCUCGGGGUGUUCGUGUUGCCCUUUUCGGCAACCUUAGAGGUCCUUGAUGUUUGGGUGUUUGGGGUAGCAUGGUGUCACAUAUGGCUAGCCAUUGAUGUUUGGUUGUGCACAGCUUCUAUUCUGAAUCUCUGCUGCAUCAGUUUUGACCGUUACCUCGCCAUAACGCGACCUAUGAAAUACCCUGGUUUAAUGUCAUCGAAAAGAGGAAAGCUACUCGUAGCAUUUAUUUGGGCAGUUUCGUUUUUGAUAUGUUUCCCUCCUCUUAUCGGGUGGAACGAAGGAGGUGGAAUACCUUUUGAACCUCCGCCUGAUUUUGACAGCAAUGUGUCGUAUAUUGACUUGGAUGAAGAUUCAAAUGGUACAUUUUUCAUUGGAACUCAAUUCACUAUUUGGAAUAUUACUCCAACAGCGGAAAGCACAGAAGAUUCAUGUGUUGUGCAGCCAUAUGAGUGUGAACUCACCAAUUCCCAAGGAUACAGAAUUUACGCUUCGAUGGGUUCAUUCUAUGUACCCAUGCUAGUGAUGGUGUUUUUCUAUAUCAGGAUUUACCGUGCUGCUGUGAAGACCAUCUCAGCAUAUGAAAAAGGAGUGCUAACAACCAAGACAUCAAAAGAAACGAAUAGUUUAAGUAGAGAAAACGCAGUGACAUUACGCGUACACCGUGGUGGCAGUUGUGCGGCAAGCAAACCAUCUGUUUCCAAGUCAGCUAGUUCGGACAUGUCCCCAACAAAAUCGAACGAAUACUCAUCCUUAAAGAGAGAGAGGUCAUUCCAAAGUGAGCCCUAUACUCACCAUUCGCCUGUAACGAAACCCAAAUAUCACCGCCGCUUCCGAAAGUAUCAAAAUUAUACCGAAAAUGGAAAUGUGAAUGGUCAGAAACGAACAGAAAGAUGUGGUGAACGCAGCACACUGUCAGUUCAAAGUAACGGUGUGGACGCCAAGAAAACCGAGAGGGAGAGGCGGAAAGAUAUGAACGGAACGCGUAUUCGUUUCAUGGUAAAUGGCCAGUCGACGAGUGCCGUGAAUAGACGCGCGGCUGCCAUUCAACAAAAACAGGGUAAAAAUCUAAAAAAUCAUAUGAGAAAAUUCAACCGCGAGAAAAAAGCAGCCAAAACGUUGGCAAUUAUUGUGGGAGCAUUCAUUAUGUGCUGGCUUCCCUUCUUCACCAUAUACCUUGUCGGUGCUUUCUGUGAGGAAUGUAUUCCUGCAUUAUUGUUCUCAGUGUUCUUCUGGCUCGGUUAUUGCAACUCCGCCAUCAAUCCAUGUGUUUACGCUCUCUUUUCAAGAGACUUUCGUUUUGCCUUCCGAAAACUCUUAACAAUCCGUCGCCCGAAAAAACUUUUGAACAAGUCAAAUUCUGAGCCAAUUUCAAUGCAAGUGCAUCAGAUCCAGGUGACAGCGUGUAACUAUAGUGAAAGUUUGUCAGAGAGCUGACAACCCAUUGAACGUUUCUGUUCCAGACAAAUGUGCAAACCGUAUAUGGAGAGAUAUUCUGAUUGAUACUGUCCGCUGGAAAUCCGGAUAGAGACGAUCAAAUUAAAAUGUCUCACCAGCUAUUACGACUGUCUGUCAGCGGUUUCGUGUUAUUAAGAAAGCCGGUGUUUUCUACAAGCGUUUGGCUUUACGUAGAACAGAAACGUUUUGCAAACCCUUGAUAUAUUCUGCCAAUGAACGAUAUUACUGAUAUAUGUUAUGCAUUGAUAUUGACUGAUGUUUGAUGU